GGGCCUGGGCAGCAGCAGAGCAGUGUUCACCUGUAUGUUGCAAAAACCUUCAGAGGCAAUCAAGUAGAGCAGAUGUAGUGGAAGCCUUAACAACUUCUGUAGACUGUUCCUGUGAUAAUGUAGAACCAAAGAGUAGAGUUCUGUUAGUAGAGUAUUGGACUGAGUUAUGUUUUAAAGUACUGUGAAAUCAAGGAUAUUUUAUUUAGAAACUAAGAGUGUAAAAAAUGAGAGAGAGUAAAAAAUGCCAGAGUUACCUUUAAAAGCAAACAAACAAAAACAAACAAAACAAAAAAAAACCCCACGAAAAAUUUUACAAGUUAAGGUAAAAUAGGAAUGCAGACCUGGUGCUUCAGUACAACCAGCUUUAGAUUUGCUCUAAUUUAUGUCAAAUCUAUGAGUUUCUGUGCUUUGAGGAGGCUGUGCCCUUGAGUUAAGUCAUUCUACUUAAGAAUGAUUUCUGUUUCUUCUUCUUGGGAAGCCAGGCCUCUGUCUUGAUGUUAGCCAUGUGUUUCAGGUUGAUGCAUAUGUCUGACGUGCUUAUUUCCACUGAUUCCUCUAAUAAUGCGGUUUAAAAGUUAUUUCAAUUCUUACCUUAUUUUGAGUGUAUUCAGUUACUAGAGCACUACAAUUAAAUAGUUUCUGUGGAAAUGCUAGGCAUUUAGUAUAGCAAAUCAUUAUUCUUAGAAAUGUUAUGUUGAAGUAAGUCAUCAUUCUUGAACUGAAUUUUUCUGUGGAAAUACAAACUGACUAAAACUGUUGUUUGUAAUGUUAAAUGCUAGUAAAAAGGAAGAGUUAGUGCAGUGGGAGAACUGCAUAGAUAAAGUCAUUGCUUCCAUCUGGCUACUGAGACUUAAAACUGCUUCCAUUCUUGGUUUUCCCAGGCAACAACGUGUUUUUAUCAUAGAAUCAUAGAACAGCUCAGGUUGGAAAAGGCCUUAAAGAUCAUCAACUCCAACUGCAGUCUAACCUUACUACCCUAACUCUAGUAACCCUCUGCUGAAUCAUGUCCCUGAGCACCACAUCCAAAUGGUUUUUAAACACAUCCAGGGAUGGUGACUCAACGACCUCCCUGGGGAGCCUAUUCCAGUGCUUAUCAACCCUUUCUGUAAAGAAGUUUUUCCUGGGGUUGUUGUAACCAAAAUGCUGGACGUGACGCUUGGACCUGCUGAAACUCAUACAGUUAACCUUGGCCCACUGAUCCAGUCUAUCUAGUUCGCUCUGUAGUGCUUUUCUACCCUCUAGCAGAUCAACAUUCCCUCCCAAGUUAGUGUCAUCUGCAAACUUAUUAAGGGUGCACUCAAUCCCCUUGUCAAGAUAAAGAUAAAGAAGUUAAAUAGGAAUGGCCCCAGUACCAGGCUCUGAGGGACACCUCUCGUGACCAGCUGCCAACUGGAUUUGACUCCACUGAUCACAACUCUUUGGGCUUGGUCAUCCAGCCAGUGUUUCACCCAGUGGAGCAUAUGCCCAUCCAAACCGUGGGCAGCCAGCUUCUCCAUGAGAAUAUUGUGGGUGGCAGUGCCGAAGGCCUUACUGAAGUCCAGGUAGACCGCAUCGACAGCCUUACCUUCAUCCACAACCUUACCUGUUAAAACAGUAACUGUAGCUUACCAUUAGUGUUACUUAGUUAAAUUGUAGAAAUGGAAAAACUAAGUGAUAUCAGAGUUCAUUUUAUUAAAAACACCUAAAUACAUCCCAUCAUUUUCUUCUUUACUUCCUUCUUUUGUUGAUUGUGUUUAAUUUGAGAUAUUGAAGUGACACAUAUUAGAUUGACAUUUGCAGUUCUCUUUAGGAAAAGAGAACUGAUGUAGUUGUCUUUGCUGUUUGCAUCGAGGAACUUCCAGAGUUGAUGCUGCUUUUUCUUACCAAAGUGCUGUAGCACCUUAUCUCCUUAAUUAUUUGUUGCAUGUUAGAGUGGUGAGGAGUCCUAUAAAAACUACAUGUACAAAAGGCCUGUGGGAGUUAGAAUGCAAUUGUCAUUCAUUUCUUCAUUUUGUCAUUACUCUGUCUGAAUUUGAAGAAAACUGUGGGUUUUACUAUAUGAGAAUGAUCUUGCAUUUAAUUUAGUUACCAGUAACAGUGAGAGGUAGAGACUAAAUGGAGAGAUGCUUGCCCACAGAGGAUAGGAAAAAUUUCUCUAUUCCACUGUCCCUAACUCUUCUUCACAAAGCCAACAGUAGUGAUUUGUGUUACCAUAGGAUGGUUUGGGUUGAAAGAGGCCUUAAAGAUUAUCUAGUUCCAAACCCCUAGGCUGCCUAGGAACCCAUCCAGCUCAGCCUUGAAAACCUCCAGAAGUGGGACAUCCACAGUUUCUCUGGGCAGCCUGUUCUGCUAUGUAACUUCCUUCAUAUUAAAGCAUUUCUUCCUAAUAUCUAAUGUAAAUCUAUUUCAGAUUAAAACAAUUCUUCCUUGUCUUGUCACUACAUACGCUGGUCAAGAAUGCCUCAUCAUUUUUCUUGUAAGCUCACUUUAAAUACUGGAAGCACAGUGAGGUCUCCCACAGGGCUCUCUCUACUCCAGAGUAAACAAGAUCAUAUCCUGAGCUUGUCUUCAUAGGUAGCCUGUCUUCACAGGAGAGGUGUCCUCUGAUCAUCUUCAUGGCCCUUCUCUGGACCCACUUGAACAGCUCAGUGUCUUCGUUGUGUUGGGUGUCCGAGGCCUGACUGCAGUAUUCUGGGUAGAGCCUCCUGAGAACACUCCAAGCUAGGUCUAAUCAUCUUACAGUACUGGCAGAGAUUAUGUGGUUCUGAAAGCUGGCAUACAUUGGAUGCUGAGAAUUAAAAAACAGCAACAAAACUUGUACUGAAAAAAAUUUGUACGGUUCUUUACUGCAGGUGUAUAAAAUGAUCUCUUCCCUCUACCUCUGAAAAAAACUGUGCUAUUCUCAUAGGCCUAUUUUGCUAUGUUGUUAUUUUUGAUUAUUAAAAGUAGUCAUCAGACUCAUUUACAAAUUGAAUAUCAUGACAUCACAUCUAGGUGGUUUUCUUUUGUGGAUAAAACAUGAAGCAUGGCUCAGUCAUUGCAGAAAUCUCAAGAAUAUGCUGAAUUCACGUGAGGCUGAUGAAUAAGACCUGACUUGUUUUUUUUCUUUUUCUUUUUUUCCCCUCACAGUGGUUAGUCUAUUUAUAUAAAUAUGCCUCACUUAACUGAAAUUGUCUCAGUACUUAUGAUAGAUUUGUUUUCCUGGCUGGAAAAAGGUCCUUUGUCCAUUUGGAUUGCGUGCAUACAUUGCUGUAAAGGUUUCUUUGUGGUUCUGGUACGUUGGAUUUUGCAUUCAUGUCUUAGAUUAGCGUUGUUUUUGCAGGUCAUCUAAAGCAUUAUCAUGAUAGUCGGGAAAAGGAAGUGUAUAGCCUUUGAUGCCUAUGUACUAGUAAUACUAGGUACCGUGUAGCUAUGUUCUAUAAAAGGUGUUUUGUUUCCUCAUGGAUAAAUAGCUGCUUCUGGAAACGUGGCAGGACAUGGCUCUUAGCGCUGUUUACACUACAGCAUCAACUUAAUGAUGAUAAUUGAGUUGCUCCCUGUCACAUCAUACUGUGAAAGUAUGACAGCAAGUUACAUUACUCUUUGGUCUGGCACAAUAUUUUUAUGUGUUAACUUUGUACCAAACUGAGUAUUUCUCCUGGUUUUGCUACUCUGGAAUGUGCAUUCUUGGGAAUAAUUAACUGAAAAGAAUGCAGAAUAGGAAGCAACCGUCUAUGAAGUUAUUCUGCAGAAAAUGGUCUACACAGUUAAUAGUUGUUAAAUAAGUCAACACUGUUAUUUUCCCAUAUGGGCUUCUGCUUCUUAUAAGUGGGAGUGUAUCUUGCAAGACGUACAGUUUAUCCUGCUAUCUCAGUAAGAGUGAGUAAGAAUUUAUGUAGAAUAUUGUAGCUUGUUUUGAGUGUUACGCUUACAACAUAACCGAAUUUAAAAAUUCAGAAAGUAGUGAGAAUGAUUGGAUUAGAAAACACUACUCCUCAAGGAAAGGUUAGCUUCACUGCAACCCUUUAUUCUAAAGAGAACAAUCUGUUUGCAUUGACCAUGGUGGGCAGGACAAUGAAGAAACAGGAGAGUGAAGCUCUGGAGUAGGUUUCUUGGGAAAAAAGAUAAUGGAGUCUAUCACUGGAGACCUCUGAAAACAGACUAGAUAAACAUGUCAGUAAUAGUUCAGUUUAAGGAAGAAAUUUCUAAGCGUUUCAAGUCCCAUACCGAUCAGCUUGUACUCAUAUUUGCUGGAAAAAUAUUGAAAGAUCAAGAUACUUUGACUCAGCAUGGGAUUCACGAUGGACUCACUGUUCACCUGGUUAUCAAAACACAAAACAGAUCACAAGAUCACCAAGCUCAGCAAACACACACCAGCGGGAGUACCGCUACCACAUCAGCAUCAAGCAGUAGUACCUCAACACCAACUUCAACAAAUAGUAACCCUUUUGGCUUGGGUGGCCUUGGAGGCUUGGCAGGCCUGAGUAGCCUGGGCUUAAAUACAUCAAGCUUUUCAGAGUUGCAAAGUCAGAUGCAACGACAACUCAUGUCCAACCCAGAAAUGAUGGUUCAGAUAAUGGAAAAUCCAUUUAUUCAGAAUGUGCUUUCAAAUCCUGACCUGAUGAGGCAAUUAAUCAUGGCUAACCCUCAAAUGCAGCAACUGAUACAGAGAAAUCCAGAGAUUGGACAUAUGCUGAAUAAUCCAGAUAUAAUGAGGCAGACAAUAGAACUUGCUAGAAACCCUGCAAUGAUGCAGGAAAUGAUGCGAAACCAAGACCGAGCCUUGAGCAACCUUGAAAGUAUACCAGGUGGAUACAAUGCUUUGCGACGUAUGUAUACAGAUAUUCAGGAGCCAAUGUUGAAUGCAGCACAGGAACAGUUUGGAGGUAAUCCAUUUGCUUCUUUAGUAAGCAAUGCGUCAUCAGGAGGGGAAAGUCAGCCAUCUCGUACAGAAAAUAGAGAUCCUUUACCAAAUCCCUGGGCUCCUCAGUCCAGUUCUCAGAGUUCUACAACAAGUACCAGCACAAGUGGUGAGAAUGUUGACAGUAAUAAUGUUGGAAACAACACCUCUGGCAGUACGGGACAGAGCUCAACUAUACCAAAUUUGGGACCUGGACUGGGAGCUGGUAUGUUCAACACACCAGGAAUGCAGAGUUUGUUGCAACAGAUAACUGAAAACCCACAACUUAUGCAGAACAUGUUGUCAGCACCCUAUAUGAGAAGCAUGAUGCAAUCGUUAAGCCAGAAUCCUGAUCUUGCAGUACAGAUGAUGUUGAAUAAUCCUCUAUUUGCUGGAAAUCCUCAGCUUCAGGAGCAAAUGAGACAGCAGCUUCCGACUUUCCUUCAGCAAAUGCAGAAUCCUGACACAUUAUCAGCUAUGUCAAACCCCAGAGCGAUGCAGGCUUUACUACAGAUUCAGCAGGGUUUGCAGACACUGGCAACAGAAGCACCGGGACUUAUACCGGGAUUUAAUCCUGGUUUAGGUGGAUUGGGAAGCGCUGGAGCUCCUACAGGGUCCACUGUGCCUAGUUCUGUUCCCAGUGACAAUGCAAAUCCAACAUCGGGAGCUGCUGAACCCAGUCACCAGCAGUUUGUCCAGCAGAUGUUGCAGGCGCUUGCUGGUGCAAAUGCUCAGCAGUUCCAAAAUCCAGAAGUCAGAUUUCAGCAACAACUGGAGCAGCUGAGUGCGAUGGGCUUUUUGAACCGUGAAGCGAACCUGCAAGCGCUAAUAGCAACAGGUGGAGACAUCAAUGCAGCUAUUGAAAGGCUCCUUGGUUCUCAGCCAUCAUAGCAGUGUUUCUUUAACUUGAAAAAAUGUAAUUUAUUUUUGAUAACAGCUCUUAAAUCUUUAAAAAUACUUGCUUUUAUUUCAUUCUGACUCUCGGGAUUGUCUUGUUACAACUAAAAUCAAUCUACGUUUUAAGGUGGAGUGCAGUAGUUUUCUGCAAACAAUGGGGAUCAGUGAAUUUUCUCAGUUGUUGCAUGCAUCACACAUCUUCUAUUUUGCAUUAUCUGUGAUUUUUUGAAACUAUAUCAGCUUUCACAGUUGCGUGAACAGGUUUUGUAUCACUUGCAACUGUCCAGUUUAUUUCCUGCUUAAACAUUAGCCUUCAGUAGUAAUUUAAUGUAGAGUACAAAUUAAAAAGGAAAAAAAAUUGACUGAAGCUAUAAUUUGUGGGUACCAAUACUGCUUAUUGUGAUUUCAGCAUGUAUUUUUUUUUUUUUGCUAGCAGAACACUGUAAGAUUUAUACCACUUGAGUAAUCUACCAUUUUUGCUUUAAUUUGUAUAAAGUAUAAACACGGUAUGUACAAUGGAGACAGCUCGUUUCUAGAAAUUUACACAUCACAAUACAAUAAAAUUAUAAGUAACCAAAAAAGCCAGGAAAAUGAAAGUCAUAUGCCAUGUUUUCAGUGUAGAAUUCUCCAGCCUCUUUGGUAACCAUCUCAGCAAAAAAGCUUAGUCAAGUUCGUUUAAAAUACUGCAGUUACUGUUCUGGUUAUCUCUUUAAAUCUAACUACAGAAACUUGCAUUGUAAAACUGUCUCAGUAUUCACAAAGAUUAACUGUAAAUUACUUUAAUUGUUGUGCAAAUUAAAGAGGUACUGCCUUGUGCUCAGAAACAGCUUCUGAGGCCUUUUGGUUUGUUUCAUUGAGAUUCUAACAUGUAUUGAUUUUUGUAAUUGGAAACAUCAGUCUCACACAUUGUCGUCAUGUGAUACUCUAAUUACUUUCAAGCUCCAUGUAAAAAUUACUGUAUAUCUUCUGAGGUUUUACUGGUAGUAACCUCUACUGUGCACAGAUAAUAAAUAAAUUCAAAAAUCUUUCAGCA